UAGUUUCACUUGUCACCACCACCACCUCAGAUAUUCGGACCGCCUUGAUCCUCCGCAGGCCAUACCAUCGUGCAAGAUUCAGAAAUACCUCUCUGCAUUCAUCUAGUGUGGAUCGUGCACUGGCAGAGUAUCAAACAUGCGAUUCAGUACAAGAAAUACAUACUACCUCCGAAUAUCUGCACACGCCAUUCUCCCUCUCUAUUCUCAAUAGCUUUACCUCGACGAGAAACAUGUCGAUUGGAUGGACGAACGAGUUUUGCAGCACGUCUUGGAAGACGUGCGUUACAGAAUACCGGAAAAGCUAGCUAAUGAAGCAAAUGUUCACGUUGGACCAGGAGGUCCCGCGAAUGCAAAGAAGGGAACUUUGGAUGUCCAUCGUGGUGAUACAUAUCAAUUUGGAUACUUCUUACGCAAGACAGAUCCCCACGCUGUGUUGAUUAAGACACGCAACUUUGUAGCUGCACCUCUGAAUGCACCCCAAGCAACUCUACCUCCUCAGCCUUCAUCAUCCAAACCUGCAGCGGCCUCGCGGAGAAGGCCUGUUCCUCUUCUCAAAAGGGUUGCACAGAAACGCAAAGCCCAGCUUCCUACCAAACCGGCGAAGAAACGGAAGACGAAAGGCAAGGGUCGAGCCCGCGAUUCCGAUUUUGAGGAAGAGAAGGAAGAAGAUUACGAUGUGAUUGUCGUUUCCAGUGAAGAUGAAGAUGUGGAAGACAUCAACAUACCUUCUGGUCCGUUGCGACGGUCUGCAAGGAAGAGAGGCCAACCGGUUGGUGGAUACCGUGAAGACUUGAACGAUGAUCAGGCAGGAGAAGAAGAGGACGACAUACAAAUAAUGGAUACUGCCGCGGAUAUCCAGGCUCCUUCACCUACCGCUGGGAUUAGUACUCCUGGGGAAGAUCAGGAUAUGAUUCCUAUUGAUCAGCCAGCUCCAUCAAUGGAUGAUACAGGGCUCAUUGCGAUGGACGAGUCAGAACAGCCUAUCACUGUGACGAUCAAGGCCGAAGAUAGCGAACCCGGUUCACCGUUUCUUCAUCCAUCCACGCCAACAGCGACGCUUCCCCGAGACCCGGAUAUACCUCCUGGCCCUGGUGAGAUGUCUGAAGAGCCGCCUAUUGACCUUACGACAGAAGAGGAAGAAGACAUAAAGCCGAAACCUAUAUUGAAGCUCAGUUACGAGGGUUUCAACGUCAGUGGUAGAUGUUUAUGUGUCAUAGUCGAGCCAUAUCCGCCUCUCCCUGCAAGACGAGAAGUCUGUCUGACCCCUACGGGACUUGUUGCUCCUCGUGCACCUAGCAUCGCCCUUGCAGAUUACGUGCUUUCUGGAGGUCCAGAACAGCGGGCUCGCACCCCUCUCUUUCUACCAGACUAUGAUGAACGAGAAAGGAGUCAGACACCAGCACCGUUCCUUCGGGAAAAGACCCGUCCACCAGUGCCAUUAUUUUACGAUGAAGCGGAAGGUGAGGAAGACGAGGAGCUGGGUGGUGGCAUGUAUGCGCUCAGCCAGGUCAUACAAUCUGUAGGAGACAAUCCUGCUGUUGCGGCGGAGGACGAUGAUGAGAUAGAAGGAGCUGUCUUUUUCGGAGAUGCAGACGAAGCCAAGGAGUUAUAAAUACAUCCUAUUGCUGGAUUAUUGCUGGAUACACAUACACGUACAUAAUGAAUGCAGUCGACUUAAGAUUGUAUGCACAAUAUUCAGAACGAAAGAACGAUGAUGUACUUAGGCCCGACCGAUUUCCCU